AUGGGACGUGAGGGGUGGGCGGCAGCGAUCGUUGGAAGUGUAGGGCAGAAUUGGGAUGUUGAGAGAAGAUUUCGGGUUACUGAGGUAGCAUUGGCUAUUAUGUGGUGCUGUGCAUCCGCAUAUCUUUCUUAUUUUUUUGCUGAUUGUAUGAUGUCUCGUUGGCUUUUGAAUUAUACCCCCCCUGCUGUUGUUAUUCGUCUUCUUACAACGAACGGAUUGAUUGCAUAUAUCACUUCUUGGGUUCUUUAUCUCUCUGGUGCAUCUUCAGACCCUCGCCUUCUGUUACCAGCAUGGAUCUCGAUCACAACCACUUUGACUUUCUUAUACCAUGCUACUCAGAAUCAUGCUACGAUCAAACGUGAAACUGCAGCCUCUCUUCUUGUCGUGUCAGUAGCAAGUUUCGUGAGCAUGUCUUCGCUUCUUCUGCAGUUACAUUUGACACGCGAGAAUGAGCCGGAGGUACCACUCUUUGUCUUGACACGAAAGAUAUGGGAUUUCGCCGUCGAUGUGGUUCAACGCAUGCGGGUUGCGAAUGAUCAGAUUGGGGAGCUGUAG